AUGGGCAGUCUGCCGAAUCUGCACGAGCUGGAGGCGGCCGAGCGUAAGCGUGAGAAGCGUAGGGAGUACGAGCUGCUGCUGGAGCAGCGGGCCAGAGACACUAGUAGGGAGCGCGAGCGGCUCUCCGCAUUUGCCCAGCAGCGCAAGCAAUCUUCGUACAAUGCCUACGUCAUGGCCGGCCUGGGAGUUGGCGGCGGCUCGCUGAGCCUUUCGACUGCCGGAGCUGGAAACGCAGAUCUCCCCAUCGCCAAUGGAGGUGGUCCCGCGCAAUCAGAGGCCAUGGCCUGCACUACGACGAAAACAACGAUGGCAACCACAACGACCAGCACGUUCAGCGGUUUUACCAUGCUGGGGCGGACAACGAAGAGAAUUACAUCGCACUCCCACCACCAGAACGUCCCUCCGCAGCAGAAUCAACACCAGUAUCUGCAUCAGCACCAGCAUCAUCAUCACCAGCAUCGCCAUUCGUUAACCACUAGGCAUCGCGUGUUGCGUACCCGCAGCUCGGGUGGAGCCCACAACGUUUGGGAUGACCAGAUGAUGGAGGCGCACUUUGCUGCGUACUCGCCAUCGCCGGUAUCCACGCGCUCGCACCGCAUCAAUCCGGUGUCCUCGUACCAGGUUCAGGCGGCCCUCGCGGCGUCACGGCGCCGUGAGUCGAUCAAUAGCUCGAUCGGGGCCACCUCCAUACGCCGGUUGAUCACGUUGAACAACCGGAACUGCCGACACCGAGUGCCGGCCCAUGUGCGCCAGAAGGUGUGGCGCCAGUUCAGCUACCUGGCCAUCGCCCACGGCCUGAUGAACGCCGUGCUGCUGCCAAUGAUGGCCCUGCAGGGCUCCAAUGCGGUGUGGCACCACCGGGAGCAGUGGCUGCUCAUCGGCCCGGAUAUCGGGUCGCUGCUGCUCAGCACCUUGUUCUUGCUGGCUGCCGGCAUGUGCCUGCCCAGCGCAUGGCUGAUGCGCCGCUACGGAUACACGCCGCUUCUGGCGGCCAACUACCUAGCGGUGAUGCUCUUCGUACUGUCGCACAUAUACGCCUCCAUAUACACGCUGCUGCCGGCCUACCUACUGCUGGGCCUUACCAUCAGCGGCGCCAAUGGCUGCAAGGCGGCGCUCAUUGUCCAUUUCGGUGGGAGGCUGAGUUGCUCCCAGGCCGCCUGCGAGCAGCAAGCGCAGGCCGCCGUGGACGUGCUGAACGAGGAGCACAAGAUGUUCUGUAACCGGGAGCAAAAGGUGCGACGCUUGGCCCGUUGGUUCCGCGCCUCCCAGGACCUAGGUCUCAUCGUGGGUGCCUUGUUGGCCUCGGUGUUGCUCGUAUGCAACGGCAGCGACUGGAGUUGCUCCGGAGCGGGGGACACUCGCAAUGGGUCUGCGACUGCGCCCCAGCUGCGGGACUUCUUUAACCGGAACGAGCACGGCGAGCGUAUUUGCGGGGCAGACAUGUGCCCGCUCAGGGUGCAGACACCGCUGGUGGCCGAUUGGGCCAACGGAACCGGAUCCAGCUUCACGCAGCGCUCUAUCUACGUCGGGUUCAUCGAGAGCGGCGCCCGGGCUGGUGGCCAGUCGCUGCUAUGGCUGUACGUGCUGUUCUCCUUGGUAUCGCUGAUCCUUUCCCUGGUCGCGGUAGUUGGCGGCAGGGCGCACGGGGCCGCCUUCACGGGCUCCUCGCGACAGGAGAGGAGCUUGGGCUUGAGGGAAGUCAGCAUCACGGAUACGCUGCUCUUUGCCGGACCGCUGGCCUAUUUCGUGGGUACGGAGCAGGCAUACAUGCUUGGCGACUUCCUGCGGGCCUUCGUCUCCUGCUCGCUGGGCAUCGGCAUGAUAGCUGGAGCCAUGGUUGGCAUGGGACUGAUGCAGCUGAUCGUCUCCUGCACGCUGAGCAUGCUGCUACGGCACGUCAAGCGCAUCGUGGUGAUCUUGGCCGGAUUCUUCUUCCACUCCUGCCUGCUGCUCGCGCUCUCCAGCUGGAAGCCGUCGAACGACGACAGUGCACUGUUCUACGUAAUAGCCGCUUCAUGGGGCGCCUGCAACGGCAUGUGGGAGACUCUGCUCCUCUCGCUGGUCACCCUCAAUCAUGCCAACCAUGUGACCGAGGUAUCGGCGCCUCUACAGGCCCUCCGCUUCCUGGGCUUGGGUAUCACCUUUGCGGGGCACGGCUUCCUCUGCGAGUCGCUAAAGAUCAUCGCUCUGGUGGUGCUGUUGGUCAUCAGCGUGCCUCCCUACGCCACGCUCGAGAUCCGCCUGGAGACCCAGCGCAAGGCCACGCUCAUCAGUUUAUGACGGAGCAUCUUCAGCUAGUCCCGACGCCAGCGGCGGGGCACCGUGGCCCGCACCCAAACCAUGUGAGGGCGGCUUAACCUGGUCCAAAGGAUUGCCGCCGACCGGACCACCCCCGACCUGAUCGAGUUUCAGUAUUGAUAGAGAGACUAGAGUCAGGGUACAAUUCAGUAUUUCCUUGGCGCUCUGAGAUGCAGCCCCAGAGAUGGGCCCUAGAUCCACACAGGCAGGACGACUAGGGGCACUCUUUCCCCUACAUCCAGGACUUUCGGCCAUCGAGUCCUGAGUCAUUCAGUUAAGAGUUCGUAUGACUAGACACUAAGAUUGAUCUAUGUAUGUAUGUAUAUACAUUGCAUGUAUAAAUGUUGGAAUGGGGGGAAUCCGUGAGCCCGCCCCAUUCUGUCGAUGUGUGCAUUCUUAACUCUAGCAUUUGCCAGUGCCAAAAAUGUUGUUCCAUGUUCCAUGUCCGAAAAUUUCUCUAUCAAAUAGAGAGCUUUUUGUGGUCUCUUCCGUGGUGUCAACUCAAGCUGCAAUAAGUCUAUAGUCAAUAGUUUAAGAGAUAAUACGAUCUGAUACGAUAUGAUAUAAUAUGUUAUGUCUAUGUAAUCUGCCACAGUGCUUUGGUUAACUAUGGCAGCUAUAUACUUUUGUGCUACAAACAGUGUAUUCCUCUGACGUAGUUUCUAAGUUUACGAUUAGGUUUACCGAGCCGCUGACCUGAUGUUCUUCAUGUGGUAUCCCAAUACCGUACCGUACCGUACGUACAUACAUACAUAUAUCGAUCUAUCGUUCCAUUUGUACAUACAUAUAUACAUAUGUGCAUAUGGAUGUACCUACAUAUGUGCGUUAUGGAGGAACAGUUGUCAUCUUUUGGCCCUACUAUCCUCACCAUAUCCAUAUCCAUUUCCAGAUCUAGAUAGGUGUAGCAACAGCUGUUAUUGAUAACAAGGUGAAAUCCUAAGGUCUAAGAACAAUGUUAACAUUUUAAAAUUUGUAACCAUUUUGCGACCGUUGAUAGAUUGGAAUGCGAUUUCAUACUUCGGCAAGGGUAUAUGUGUACAUACAUAUGUACAAUACAUGCAUGCAUACAGUCAUGUGCUGUUUGCCGUAUACUAUAUAUUAUAUACAUACUACACUAAAUACUAUAUACCAUAUUGUACACACACCCACACACACACACACACACACAAACGUGUAAAGGUAUAAAUAUAAAUAAUACUUUUUUUUUCUUAGCAGAGGUGUCAUCUGCUGGAUGCAUAUUGAAUAUUGAAUAUUGUGAAAAACUAACACAAGUCUUAAACAAGUUAAACUAGAAACGGCAGUGAUAGCCCGAUCCCGAUGAGAACCAGAAGAAGACACAGCCGACACUGUAGCCGCGCUCUACAAUAUGCAUACAUACAUAUGUAUGUAUGUAUGUAUAUGUAUAUGUUUGUAUGUGUAUUAUAUUAUACUAUGCAUAUAGAUGUCUGAUCCAGUAUUCAAUAAAGAAUCUAUAAAUGUUA